AAGCUGCAGACAUGCCCAAGCCUGGAGUAGAACCCACAAAUAGUUCUUUACAAUGUCAUCAGACUACGUUUGGUUUGAAGGAAUGCCUUUUCCUUGCAUGGGGUUUAACAAAGAAAUCAUUGGCAAGAUUCGUCAUAGUUUUGUUAUGAGAGAAGACACAGUCGUACUGUCUUAUCCUAAGUCAGGAAUGACCUGGCUUGUUGAGAUUGUCUGCUUGAUUCAGAAGAAGGGAGAUACCAAGUGGAUCCAAUCUGUGCCCAUCUGGGACCGCUCACCCUGGCUGGAGAAUGAAUCAGGAUACUUUGAAUUAGUUAAUAAGGAAGGACCACGACUCAUGACCUCCCACCUUCCCAUCCAUCUUUUCCACAAGUCUCUCUUUAGUUCCAAGACCAAGAUUAUCUACAUCUUCAGAAAUCCCAGGGAUAUUCUUGUGUCUGGUUACUUUUUCUGGAGUAAGACAAACCUUAUGAAGAAUCCAGGGUCACUGGAAACUUAUUUUGAAUGGUUCCUUAAAGGAAAUGUUCCAUAUGGAUCAUGGUUUGAACACAUUCGUGGAUGGUUGUCCAUGAGAGAAGAGAAAAACUUUCUUUUAUUAUGCUAUGAUGACUUUAAAAAGCUCUUGCCUAUCCAUCCAUUAUUUGUUGUCCAUGUUUAUCAUGAUGAUGGUGAUGAUGAUGGUGGCGGUGGUGGUGAUCAUGAUGAUGACACCAGGGGAACCAUAGAGAAGAUCUGUGAGUUCCUUGGAAAGAAGUUAGAGCCAGAUGAGAUGAAUCUCAUCCUGAAGUACAGCUCCUUCCAAGCCAUGAAAGAAAAUAAGAUGUCUAAUUUUAGUAUCGUCAGAAAAGAUAUAGCUACUAAUGAUUUGCAGUUACUGAGAGAAGGUGCAACUGGGGACUGGAAGAAUCAUUUUACAGUAGCCCUAGCUGAAGCUUUUGAUAAAGUGUACCAGGAGAAAAUGGCUGGUUUCCCUAUAGGGCUAUUCCCAUGGGAGUAAGUUCUUAAAACUUUUGAAUCUUAUAUAGACACCGUUCUAUAUAAGAUUUUCCAGUUCUUGUACAAAUGAAUUACUGGAUGUGGUCAUAGAAUAAAUAUUGUUAUUGAA